AUGCACACGGCCGCUGGUGUGGGAGCAGUAGAAAGUAUCGAGCUCCUGCUAUCAGCGGGAUUGUCCCCCAGGACAAGAGAUCACAGCGGCCGCACGCCUCUCCACCACGCAUGCCUAUUCCCCGGAUCGGGGGCCGCGCGGUGCGUGUCGUUCCUGUGCGUGGUAGCAGGGAGCACCGUCCUGUCUCGUGACAGAACAGCCGGCGACACCCCUCUCCACUUCGCGGUUCGCGCAAGACACGGCGUGUGCGUUGAGGUUCUUCUUUCCUUCGCCGAAGGGACCAGCGAUAUCCUGCGAGAAGCUAACGCCAAGGGCGAGACUCCCCUUGACCUGGCGGCAGCGCUCUCGGGCGAUGACGGCAUUGUGUUGGCACUCCUGGACGGAGACAGACGACGGCACCAACCACGUUCCAAUGGCGGAAAACUGUCGUAUUUGGGGCGAAAUGUCGAAGGAGGUACUGUAGAUUUUCAGCGAAUCAUGGCAGUAUGGGAAAGGUUCUUCGAGAACGCGGCUAGAGCUGACCUUGGGGGAAAGAAAAGCAGCCCAGACGUGAUAUCGGCGGUCGGCACGGUAGGGAGAGGGGGAUACGGCGGUGUAGAACAGCUUGUGAACACUGACGAGACAAGGGGGGUGGGAAAAUUGGCAGAGGACGGCAGGUGGCUGGGCCGCGGCCAACCAAGAGCCACACAGACGUUUGAUAGGGAUAGACAUUUUGUUACAACGAGCGAGCUAGGAGGCGGAGGGGUCGGCGAGAGCCAAACUGGCGAUAGGAAUGGGCGCUGGGAUGGUGGUUGGUGCGUUGAUACAGCUGACAGUCGAACCUUCCGUAGUAGAAGAACUUGGCGGCCGUCGGGCCUGGCAGAUACAUCGAGCAUAGCCACGGCCCAGGAUCUUGCUCGGGGGACUCCACCACAGCACCUCGAGCGCGACGGAGAAGACGAACAUGUCGAUGUCGCUCCACUGCAAAGUCCCCAUCGACGGCAGGGAGCAAAAGAGGACCUGGGCGUCCAGGUCGGAGUUGGAGAAAGCGGAACGACGUUGCUGUCAUCAGAUGACGCCGAUUUGCACCUUUUUCAUACCCCGAGGGGUGGCGAUGGCGUGGAAGCAGUGCGGUUGCCAGAGAGGAUCCAUGGGAACAUAGACUCUACGCUUGAGCCAUCAACCCCGGCCAGCAAGGAUACCAACGCCGCUGCUGAAGCAGCCGCUGACAAUCCGUACCGUCGCCAUGGAGCUUGGAUCGCGUGCUGGGACGCCGCGUCAGAAUCCAUCUACUACUGGGACUCGAACAGCGGAGAAUUAUCAUGGAAUGCACCGGCGCCUUCAACUGCCAUCGAACGAGGUGAAAGGCUGAACGGAUUUCCAAGUCCCGUGUGGGACCCCCAGCGGGAAGCUUUUUUCACGAUCGACAAGGAUGGUGCUUCGCACUGGCUUGUUGACUCUCCCAGCUCGCCGACGUGGACGACGCCCGUGGUUGAACAUCGAGCAGCAACGGACGGCGCAGAUGGUGAUAUCGCAUCAUUGGUCGUCCAAGACUACACCUACGACAGAACCAGCGCUUCCGAAGAAUCGACGACGUUUUCUUCUUGGCAACAGGGGCUUGCAAUAGGCGCAGCAGCGCCGGAGUGGUCCUCGAGCGAAGUAGAACGCGAUCGGGAUAGGGAUGCCCUUAAUAACACCGUCAACCAGGUGGACGAGGUUCUUGCCUGGGACGGGCAGCAGCUGCUCGCGGGGCUCCCCUAUUCGUUCCCCAUGCUCGAUCGCCAAGCUGUCCAACAGCUGCCAAACACCUGCGGCGAUGAGUACAGCAAAGACGACAUCAAUGGCAACGACGACCUUCACGGAUUCUUCGACGCUCAAGAAGAACACGCAACACGACGUUCUGCACCCUCGUUUUCUCAGGCAGGCGCCGGCCAAGAGUGUGCAGUCGAGCCCAUCGACGGUGAUGCGAGGGCGGACGGUCGUGUUCUUCAUCUUGCGUCGGGGGAAGAGCAGCAAAGAUGCUUGCGUGCAAACGCUGCUGCUGUGGUGUCGGAAUCCACCCAGAAUACCACAACCGCCGGAAAGGGCAACCAACCUGACGGCAACGACGUUUUCGACACAGAGGAACAACCAUCGUAUCUACGUGAUUCUCAUCAGGACACGGAUCAGAACGGGUUGGGUGCAGUCGAGGGCGGUACCCGGUCUCACGAUGAAUCGGCAGUCGCCGAGGCGUACGACCCCGCGCUGACACGGCUACCUUUGUGGGUGCAGUGGUGUUCGUACUCUCCCCACGAUGGUGAUGACACCAACAACCAGCCCUACUUCGUAAACGAGGAGACCGGUGAAAGCAGCUGGGUACUACCGCCGGACGCCGUGGCGGAAAGCAGAGGGUGGCUGCGCGCGUGGAGCGAAGAGCACCAGGCUCAUUUUUUCGCCAACCAAUGGACGGGAAAUGUGACGUGGGACUUGCUAGGUCCUAGGGGCGAAGGUUGGUCGACACCACAGGAGCAAGUGUAA